AUGCACAAAGUGACCCCAGUACUGGUGCGACUUAACCGCGCGAACAUUUUGGUCUUUGGGUCGAUCCUUUUCCUGCCUGCGCGCACAACUCGACCGUGGCUGCCACUGCUUGGGAUUAUCUCAUUGGUGCCGCCUCUGAGCUUCACGCUGUUCCUCUCGGUCGAGGUCCUUGGAUUGCUACUAAGCCGGAGCUACGAGUACUGGUUUGUGUCCGUUCUCAACGUCAUCAACUGGAUCGGGAUCGCUCACGUCUUCGGCGACUUCCGAGCGCUCGUGUGUGUGAGCUUCUGGCUGAACUCGCAGAACGUCAUCUCCAUCGACGGCAACUAUAGGACGUACCAGACGACGGUCAAGUCCAUUGUCAUGGCGGGGCCUUCCAUGUUGGCGCUGGUGUUUUGCUGUUCGUAUCGAAUCAUUGUCGACGCGGCCCCUUCGCCGUCCUUUAUGAUCGGCUCAGUAGAGCUGCAGUGGCGCCAAAUCGUCAUCUUCACGGCGUCCACACUCAUUAUCUUCAUGUUCAAGAAGGCGUACGCUAAGGUCCACCGUCGCGGUAAACACGUCAUCUCUUGUGUGGUUUUGCGAGCGCGCGUGUGCCUGGUACCCACCGCGACGAAGCAGAGGCUCCGACUUGCGAACAUUGUCAGGAACCAACCCGCUACUGCGUCGAACAAGCAGCAACUGCGUCUGGCACGUCAUAGAUCCGUGGUUAUUGACGCUAGACGGGUGUUCCUUCCGGAAAGAUAUCUCGAGCGUCUUGGCGCUGCAAGUAUUAAAACUGCGCUGUAUGCGACUGCAGUCACGAGUCUCACUUCGACAGCUGCUGCUUGGGUGUUGCUGCUGCACAACGCAAAGCGCCACGUGUUAGUGUCCAGCGCCGUUGCAUUCGUGACCUCACUGCUUUUUGUGUCGACUACCGCAGCUCUCGCUCAGAGGGAUUUGGUCCGGCUGCUCGUUUGGAACUUCGAUGUCCUGUUCUCAGCCUUUCAAGCCACUGCAUUAGCUCUGUGUCUUCUGGACUUGUUUUGUUGGCGUGCUGCGGCGAGCUGUGCUGUGAUGGCGUGGUGGUUGUGGUUCGUUUGGCUCUUGCUGCUCGAUGCGCUUACGCCCAGUGUUACGUCCAAGCUGCACCUUCGAAAACUCGCUCUUCCCGUGAUCAUCUUGGUGCUAUGUAUCGCUUUGUCGUGUGCAAUGGAGAUCGUCUCGAGCCAUGACUCGAUAUUCACGUCGCGCCUAUUUUUCAGCAUCAGUUUGCCGAAUCUGGGGACGUACGAGGAGCAUACGGGCGCUCUGGCGGUGCAGCGCGUUAUGACGAUCAUUGGGUGGAAUGCUCGACUUCUGUUUGAGUUGGCGGUGGGUGACCCAAACCAGCUCCUCUUUAUCUGCAGGAGGAUCGAGUACGUCAGUCCGUUCCACACAUUCUCCGAGCCACUACCGACAGAGCAGCAACCAAAGCGUGCACACUUGUGGCAAAGGAAACUAUUGUACUGCAGCCCAUUGUUGUGA